AUGAAAGGACUCACUGCACUCGCUCCAUUCUUGUCUGUAGUUGCGGCUAUAGAUGCCUACCUCUACAUAACGCCCGACUGCCGUGUCACCGGUCCUGGUGGGGGCUUUGGCAGCUACAUGCGAUGCAACAACAUGAGGCCAAACACUUGCUGUGGUGUUGACACAACCGAGAGUCCUUUCCAGUCUAUUGCUCUUCAAGGUAUUCAAGAUGGAUUCCCAGCAUUUCUGAUCGGGUACAGAGGCGGUAAUUGUACCGAGCGUGUGGCUAGAGAUUCGGGUCAUGGAAGCUUUAAGGUUUGUAUCCCGUAUUUUGGGAUUUCAUACACCGGUUGCGACUGGAAUCCCGGGUUUUACAAGAGGGAUUCAUUGGAUGAGAAGGUCGGGUGUCAGAGACCUGAUGUCCUUGUUCUACCUGAUGGAACUGAGUAUGAAUUGAGUGGCCUCAGUAAUGAAAGCUUCCAGGAAAUCCUCGAUAUUAGCGCCCUAGCAACCGGCUCUUCCGACAUUCCCGACAAGUUUCGGGUACUCUGA